AUGGAUCAACCAGAAAAAGAAGAAGAGUUGAAUGUGGUUAGUUAUUUUUAAUUUUACAAAAACCUUUGAAAUUUUUAAUUUCUUUGCAGUUCCAAAAACUUCCAUUCGAAAAGAACGAAAUGAUUUUGCAAAAUUUGGAUCCGAUUUCAAUAAUCAAUUUUGGAAAAAAUUCGAAAUUUUGCGAUGUUUUGGCUGAAAAUUGCGAUGAUCCAAUUACAAAAAUCAGUUGGAGUGGGUCGGAUGAUUUAUAUGGUCCGCGUUUUCUGAAUUUCAUUGUUCAAAAAUUUCCUGAUUUUCCGUAUAUAUUGAAAAUCACAAAAUCGGAGAACGAAAUUGGAAAUGAAACUCUUGUUACUUUGACAAGGUUUGUUGUUGUUGAUUUUACUUUUUGACACCAAAAUCCUAAUUGUUUUUCAGAUAUCAGAAAUCGAUGGUUUGCGUCUCAUUCUUACGUGAUAAGUUCUUGAAUGAGUUUCUCGCUCAGAAUUCUCAAUUCCAUGAGUUGAUUUAUGGGAUAAAAUUGGAACAAAUUGAAGAACAUUGA